GCCCAUUCUCACAUUCCUCCAUCCUUAUAUUCUCCUAUCACCCACGGCUCUCAUUCCUGAUAUCUCCCUUUGCUCGCCCUUUAUUCUAUUGACCCCUCAUACCCUGCCCUGAUUCCGUCAUCGUCCUGUUGUCUUAUCAUUAUAUUUUUAUAUUUAUAUUUUUUUUUACUAUUGAUACUUCCUGUCUUCCGCUCUUGCUGUUCUUUUUCCUUUUCCUCCAUCUAUCGGGGUUUCCCCAGUUUCAACUGCCUGUAUCACCCAUCCAAUUUCAUCUACAUGUGCAUGUGCAUGGUUUCAGGAGCAAAGCAAGAAAAAGAAAAAAAGUAAAUCGCACCACUAACUCAAUCCAGUCCGCAUAAUGACGGUUGCUGCACCUCCCGUGGCUCCGGCCCACGAGAAUGGUGUCAACGGCGUCCCAGGACACCAUCACCACCAUCACCAUCAUCUCAAUAUGGCUCUGCCUCGAUUCCACCCAAUUGCCAUGAACCCCAACCAACAAGUGCACCCGGACCAUCUACCACCUCACCAUCACUUUCGUCACUUCCCGCCUCCGCCUCCGUUGCAAGACCAUGGACACGGCCCCCCGGGCCCGCCGCCGCCUGUACACCACUUAGACCACAUCGAAGGUCGCUUAAGACAGCUGGAGCAUGAAGAGGCUGCCCGCAUGGCUGCGCGUAGCCAUUUACUAGCCGUCCGCAAGCGUGAAGAUGAAGAAUUCCGUAGGAUGACUGAAAACGCCGAAGCUGAAGAAGAGGAACUCCGUAGACAGCGAAAACGGCUGAAGCGCGAGUCUCUGGGGCUGGGCUUCAAUGGGAACGUGGAUUCCCCGCCACUACGACCCACGCCCCCGCGUCGUCUCUCCGAGACCAAUGCGGCCACGACCCUUGCCUUUUUCAAGCAACAGAGUCCGCCAGAGCCCCGUGCAAUCCCUCCCCCGCCGCCGCAGAUUCCGCCCCCUCAUCACCAUAUCCCGCCGCCCCAGCAUCUUCAUCACCACGACCCCAACGGAGCCAGUGCCAUCCGGCGCAAGCAGAAGUACACGAUCAAGAAUGUCGAAGCGUGGGGGGAGCGUCAUGGGCGACCAGCAUCGCAUGAUCCGUCGGGUCGUGCCCUGUGGAAGCGGCCGUCGGACGGCAGCCUGGUCUAUCUGACGUGUCCGGUGUCCGGCUGCGGGAAAGCCGACUUUGUGACGCUGCACGGGUUCAUGUGCCAUCUGACCAAGAAGCACAAGGACCGCAGCCUCGGGAGUCAGUCGAGAGCGCUCGAAGUAUGCGGCAUCGUUUUCGACCCGAAUGCGCCCCUCCCGCCAGUGUCGACCGUUCAACGGGCGUCCACCGAAGAGAGCCGCAUAGACUCGGCCCCCGAGGGCUACUCCCAAGACAUCGAUUACUCCUCCGCGUCGGAGGAGGAGGAAGGACGGAUCAAACGAGUGAAGCUGGAGGCCGUGGAGAAGACCAUGCCACCCCCGCCCAUGGCCCCUUUCCCUCCCCCGGAGGAACCGGUGCAGGCACCGAAGGUCAACGGCUCGACCUCGACCUCGACCUCGAUCUCAACGAAACAGUCCAUCUCCUCGAUCAUCGAUCGCAAUCCGGAAGAAGAGUACCGUCAGCGGGAGCGCGAGAUUUCACCCCCUCUGCGGCCGGUGGAGCCUCCCUCGCGACCCUCCCCGGAGCGCCGGUCCCCUCCCACCCGAGACGAGGCCGAGAUCCCUGUUCCCCCGCGAGUGGAGCGAGGCCGCAGUGAACCCCGAGAUCCUGCCGAACGGAGGUGAUCGAAAUCGUCCAGUAUAAUACAAAUUCGCGACGCAUAUGCGUUUGUUGCAUUCCCCAGUCGCAUAGUCUAAGCAUGCAUUCGCUUUGGCCUUCAUUCAUUGCACUUUUUGCGUCAAUACCCGAUUGUGUAUCCUGGGUGGUUUUCUGCAUUACCUUAUUUACAUUGAUAGUUAAUGUUUUUCUUUCACUCCCUCCUUUUGAUCCCUCCUCUUGACCCGCGGUUCAAUCGGUCAUGUACUAAUCUUUUUUCCUCAUUGCCUGUCACGUCAUCUUUAUACUGGCAUGGCGGUUACGGUUCUGGGCCUCUGCGAUGGCCCUGCAUUUCUUUUUCUAUCUGCCUGUUUAUACUGCAUCUGCAUGGAUGUUUAUACUGCACAUGUCGUUUACGCUUGAGGGUUGCAUGCACGGGUGGUGCAUUGGCUAACGAAAAUAUUAUUGCAUAUGUAAUAC